UUUAAUAUAAAACAUUUUGAAGAUUAGCAGACAGGUGGUCAACUCAUUAAGUGAUGAGCUAUUUCCACACAAAAUGAGUUUAUUUUGCACACUGAAGCAGCUCCAUUAUUGACAUUCAGACAAAACGAACUACCUCUGGGGGCUGUUCCAUAAAACCAAGAUUAGAGUAUAAGCCAGGCUUAUUUCGGUUAGUCAGGCUUAUUUUUGGUAGAUUCGGUUUCAUAAAUCAAACUUAAAAAAGUUCAAACUCAGUUACCCCGGCAACUUAUGCUGGCAAAUUAACCUGGUCCGGGGCAGGAUAACUGUCAGGCUAAGUCUGAGUUCAGGCUUAACGCGCAUACGAUUUAUACUCACCUGCUGGUAUUUCGAUGUCAUUUUAUUUUACUUAACCACUAUUAAUAAAAUUUGUUUUUUAAAUAAAUAAAUCAGGAAAUGUACUUUACUAAUAAAUGUAAGAAAUUAUAAGGUAUAAAUACACUAAGAAAUGUUCAAAACUUGUGUGUUUAAUUGGUGAGUUUGGUUAAUGAGUUUGGUAAUUAAUUAAAAGUAUAUAAAUAGGGAGCUGAACUCGUUUCCAAACUUAACCAUGGCGUGUCCUUUCAUAGAUGAGGUGGUGGAUGAGGGAGCUAUAGUCUUGCGGAGGGCAUUUCAAAGAGAGAGAACUUUCAGAGGCAGGUCAGACCCAUUGGCUUUUAAUGACAGCUACCUGUAUGAGCGAUAUAGGUUCUCAAGAGAUGGCAUUGCAUAUAUUUGUAGAUUACUAAGCCCACACAUUGCAAAUAAUACACGCCGCAACAGAGCGCUCACAGUCCCACAGACGGUGUGCAUUGCACUUCGCUUUUUUGCCAGUGGAACAUUUUUGAACACAGUUGGAGAUGCAGAGAAUAUCAGCAAAGCAUCAGUUUGCCGCUCUGUACGAACUGUGUACCUUUCUUUAAAGGUACACAGUUUCUUCACAAGACUACUCAAUGUGUUCAUCACAUUCCCUGGCCACAAAGCUAUUCGUACCAUUAAACAUGCCUUUUAUGGAAUAGCUGGUUUCCCAAAUGUUAUCGGUGCAUUGGACUGCACCCAUGUGCGUAUUAAGUGUCCGUCUGGUCCACAUGAAGCAGACUUUUUGAAUAGGAAAUCAGUACAUAGCAUCAAUGUACAGAUGAUUAGUGAUGCAGAUUGCAUCAUCACAAAUGUAGAGGCCAAAUGGCCAGGCUCUGUGCAUGACUCCAGAAUCUUUAGAGCCUCAUCUCUCUACCAGCAACUAGCAAGAGGAGAAUUCUCAGGAGUUUUGCUGGGAGACAAGGGAUACCCAUGCCUGCCUUACCUCUUGACUCCCCAUCAGGACCGCUACAACAAUGCCCAUGCACGCACAAGAGGUUGUAUAGAGAUGGCAUUUGGGCUGAUAAAGUCAAGGUUUCAGUGCCUGAAGCACCUCAGAGUGACUCCACCUAGGGCAUGUGACAUUGUAGUUGCUUGUGUAGUGCUCCAUAACAUUGCUUGUCUGAGGAGAGAGAGGCAACCAAGGAUUGUUGAAGAGGAAGACUGGGGCAAUGAAGCAGUAUUGGAAGAAAACGAAACAGGCAGACUUAUACGAGACACAUAUGCAAAUAAUUAUUUUGCUUAAUAUGGUCUAAACCAUGUGUAGCCUUUAAAAUUUUCCACUGGCCCCUCAACUUUCUCCUUAGUUGAACAAACACACAGAAGUCAAAGUAUUUAAUGUGAUUUGUCUUUAUUCAGAGUGAAUCUGCCUGUUAGGGGUGAAAACACACAAAUAAAUGUUGUGGAAAGUGAUCAAAAAGGUAAUGUUUUUUUUUUCCUUUUCCUUUUUUAAAAAUGGUAGUUCUACUUGCAUUUUUCUGUAGCUGUUGAAUUUCCAGCUCCAACUUCCUCAUCUUCAGUUUUUUAUACUGGAUGUCGAUAUCAAUCGCUUCCAUUUGUUUAAGGAGGUAGCGUUUAUACACUCCUUAUGUUUUCUGGGUUCUGUAGCAACAUAGAUUUAAGUUAUUUCAUUGAAUACUCUUGUCACAUUGUUUUCAUUUCUUAAUACUCACUUUGUCACAUGUGGUCCCAGACUGAGAGGGCUCUAGAACAGUGUCAGCAUCCUGAAAACACAUUAUGAUCAUUUUAUCACACAAGUACACUUUUUAAUAUUCAAUACAGUAUAGCAUGGAACCUGUGAGUACCUCAGGCCUCCUUGAACAUACAGACACAGUCUCCUCAUCCUCCUCAACUGAUGGGCCUUCUCCCUGUGACCACUGAUUAAACUCAGUUAAACUCAUUAGCUUACAUGACUGAUUUAAAAGGUCUCAUACUCACAGGCAACAUGAUGUCUGGUGGAUCCAUAAUGCAUACAGAAUCUUGAUAGAAAAAAUAUAUUUUUUUUUACCAAAAUGCACCAUUACAGUAGCACAAGUACCUCUACGUGACACUACUGCUAUAAUAAGGAAUAAUGAUAAGAAGGAAUAAUGAUAAUAAAACACACAUACACACACCUUUUAUAUACUCACUCCUUAUACUACGUGAUAUAAUUUUAGAUGAUGUCCCCCCCUCUAUUCCCUCAAGGACGGGCCUCCCUUUAUUAAUUUCCAA